GAGUCUGAAUCACCCGCUUCUUCCAGAAGUUUCCUUCCUGCGGUUGGCUGUCUGCCUGACUUGGGCGGCCCCGGGACGUCAGCUUGGCUGAUCUGUGCCCCGGGUCAACAUUCAGAUAUGACGUCUGCUACUCGUUCAAUCCAAGUAAAACUUGUUGCCUCAUCUUUGGCGUGAAAGUCGUUCACGCAUCGCCCUAUGUCCAGUUUGGCUGGCCCUCUCCCCUGUAGCUAGCCGGAUAGCUAGCUGUCAAUCGAGUGCCGUGUACCGUGAGAGAAGGAGGCGGUGGCGGCUCCACUUGGAAUGUUCGUUUUUUCCGCGAAAGUUGGGUGACAAGUAAAUGGUGGCUGUGAUGGGGAAAGACUACUACAAGGUGCUGGGAAUAGCCAAGGGCGCGUCGGACGACGAAAUCAAGAAGGCAUAUAGGAAACAGGCCCUCCGCUUUCACCCUGACAAGAACAAGUCCGCUGGCGCCGAGGACAAAUUUAAGGAGAUAGCAGAAGCCUACGAUGUCCUCAGCGACGCCAAGAAGAAAGAUAUUUAUGACCGCUAUGGCGAAGAAGGCCUGAAGGGUUCAACUGUCGGUGGUGGCGGAGGUGGCGGGGGCCACAACGGCUCCACGUACAACUACACAUUCCACGGUGACCCCCACGCCAUGUUUGCCGAGUUCUUCGGAGGCCGCAGCCCUUUCGACCACUUCUUCUCACAGAACGGCGGUAACGAUGACGCGAUGGACCCCGCCGACCCCUUCGCCACCUUCGGGAUGGGCAGUUUUCACCGGCCCUUCAAGUCUCAGCCGGGCGGCCCCCGUGUCGCCCGGGAAAAGCAGAAGGACCCGCCGGUGGUACACGAGCUGAAGGUGAGCCUGGAGGAGGUCUUUGCCGGCUGCACCAAGAAGAUGAAGAUCUCCCGUAAGAGACUGAACCCCGACGGCCGCACCACGCGCAGCGAGGACAAGAUUUUGUCGGUGGACAUCAAGCGCGGCUGGAAAGAGGGAACCAAGAUCACUUUCCCCCGCGAGGGCGACGAGACCCCCUUGAACAUUCCCGCCGACGUGGUGUUUGUUGUGAAAGACAAACCUCACCCUGUGUUCAGGAGGGAGGGCUCCGAUAUUAUUUACCCUGCUAAAAUAUCACUCAGAGAUGCCCUGUGCGGGUGCACUGUGAGCGCACCGACGCUGGACGGCCGCACCAUCACAGUGACGUCGCGGGACGUGGUGAAGCCGGGCACCAAGAAGCGCAUAGUGGGUGAAGGCCUGCCGCUGUCCAAGUGGCCUGACAAGCGGGGCGACAUGAUCCUGGACUUCUGCGUCAAGUUCCCCGACAAGCUUGGCCAAAACACUCGUGACGCGCUCAGGCAGGUUCUCCCGCCGUGACGUCCGCAACGCUCCCUCUUCUGGCGUCGUUCUUCAGGGUGCUGUUACUUUGGUUUACUUUAAAACGUGGUCUUGAAACCACUCAGGGCUGCUUUGGCUUCAGUUUGAAGACAAAAAUCUACAAAAACAUCUUAAACGCAAGACCAGAGAAGUGACUUCAGUUUUUAAUCCUCAUUCAAGGACAAAAUGCAGCAGUGAAAAAGAAAAAAAUGUGUUAGAGUGAACCAACACUGCUCAAGCUUGGAACUGUUUAUUGCUUUAAAGACACUUAACAGUCUGCUGAGUGAAACUCAACAAUGGUGUAGUAAUAGGGUUGCCCUGACAACAAAUAGAUGGCAGAAAGUCUUAAUAUUGCGAGACAAAUGGCAUUUUUUUCCUGUUUUAUGCAUAAGAUAGGUCAAAAUGAGUGUUUGACUUGGUUUUGUGAUUUGAUUACAAUCACUUUUGAAAGUCCGAGCGCUCUGUGGCGAUGUGACAUCACAGUCACACUGCGCCUUACUAUGCAAGCACUUGCCCACUUUGUGCUUCCUACACACUCACCCGCUAAUGGCCACACAAGGUCUUAAUAUAAACAUAGGAUUUUAUUCCUACUAUGUAAAGUUGUAAUUAGGGCUGGGUGAUUUUACGGUCUGAAUCGUAGAUUGAAAUAAGUUCGAUCUCGGCGAUCAGCCGUUUAAUAUUAACAUGGUGCUGAUUGAAACUGGGUAGUAUGGAAUGUUCUGAACAGUCGCCCAGAAAGAAUCCAAUAUUGAUGGUUUUCAAGAUGUUUAUUAUACUUCAAUUGAGGUAAACAGUACUCCUAAACACACAUAUGUAGGAAAAUUGCACUUCCUAACCACUAAAAUAUCAAAUAUUACGUUUUCCAAAAGUGCCCGCUAGCUUAAUGCUAAUGUACGGAACGGAAUUCGCUGUUGAGGCGCUAAUGAAAAUUAGCAUUGAUUUAAAUCUCCAAAGAAUAAAUAUUAACACACAAAGGCCACACAAUUUCUUGUCAUAAAUGACAAAUAUUUGUUUUGUGCGUGGACUAAAACAAGUUGCAGCAUAUAUCAAAAAAAAAAAACAGCAAGAAAGCGUUCUUCUUCCACCAGUUUGUGAAGUGCUGCCCCCUUGUGGCCAAAGUGUACACUCAAGGCUGUUCUUUUAUAAAUGACUGUAGUGUAAAUGCAAUGUGGUAAUUUAUUUUUCCGAUAUUUUUGUUAUAAUUGAAUUUGCAUGUUAAUAUAAUGUUAAUCACUAGUUAUUGAAGAUGCAUACUUAAAUUAAUUAGUAAUACAGUGUUACCUCUACAUACGAAGUUAAUCCGUUCCAGGACCUUGUUUGUAAGUCGAAAUGGUCGUAUGUCGAGCAGGAUUUUCCCAUAGGAAUACAUUAUAAUUCCAUUAAUUCGUUCCACGGCCCAAAAACCUUCACUAAAUCCUUAAAAAAUACUGCUGGUACUAUUACAAAUGGCAAUUACACAUAGCAAAACAAAUAAAUUAUAAAUCAAAAUCGGAAUAAUAAUAAUAAUAAUAAUUCCUCUAUUAAUGUAACGAAUCGGGUUCUAAUGUGGCGGACGUUUUUUGCUGACCCUGAACGCACCGCGGUGCUGACGUGCCAGAGGCAGACCGGUGAGCUUGAGUUUCACUUUCACUUUGAAUGUUUUCUUAACACCGUCAAUUGCGGCAGACAGAAGGUGUUUUUGUUUUGAAUAAGUUGUGAAAUAAAUGAUAAAAACGUGGCGAAGUUGGCGAUUUCUCUGGAGAUGUUACCACAAUAAGAAUUGUCAGCUUAACUUAUAAAGACUGGCGAACGAUGGUCGGAGGAGGACCGUGGAGAUGUAUUGUUGAGCCAUUUCACGGAUGCCCACCCUACGCUCAUAUUUUUCUGUCAUUUGCAUCUUCAUUUAGAAGGUAAGCGUCAACUUUUUCCUUGUUUCACCACCUGUACCAACCUUUUCUGAAACCAGUGUUGAUUUGUCACACAAGAAAAUCCGCCGUGCAUUCGUCUGCGGUGCUGCCAUUGUCGUCGUAUUUCGAGCAUGCCGUCGGAUGUAGAAACAAAUGGCGAGUCAAAUUUUACGUCGGAUGUCGAAAAGUUCGUGUGUCGAAGCGAUCGUAUGUAGAGGUACCACUGUAUCUGAAAAUGAAAACUUCCCAAGGGUGUCUUUGUUAUCCCGAAAGUGGCUCUUUUUAUUAUUAUUAUUAACAUGUGUACGUAUAUAAUAUAUACACAUACACCUCCUAAAAAGGCACUAAUUUGUGAUCAUAGUUAUUUUUAUACAUACUUUCACUGUGAAGUAUUUAUUACUUUUCCAUAAUUCAAUUAAGUUUGUAAGAGGCAGAGUAUUGAGUUCUGUUACUUUCACAUCAUGUGUGAAUAAAGUGUUUCUACUCUCUAGUUUCUUAUAUUUUCAUUGCAGAUUCUAUAAAACCACCAGUUUAUUAGAAAAAACAAUUGAAAAAACUAAUAUAUGAUUAUAUGAUAUGAAAGGGGGGGGGGUAUUUUUUGACCAAAUCGCCCAGCCCCAAUUGUAAUACUUACCAGACAAAAAGUGAAGCUGCCAUUUGGUUUCUUGACCAAAAUUGAAAGUUAGAAUAUUAGUUGUUCAGAAAGAGAAAACUUUCAAGAAUAAAAAUAUUCACACAUUCUUUCUAUGGUUUCACCAUUUGACUUGCAAUAGGACUAUUUUGAUAUUUCAGUGGCGCCCUUGCACUCUUAUGUGGAAAGCACCUUACAGUAUUUCAAGAAGAAUCGCCCUCUUCACCCUCUGCGUUUCUCAAGCACCCGUGUGAUGUUCAAGUGACACGGGGUGGGGGGUUCAUUUCCGCUCUCUGAGGUGCUAGCUCUGCUUUAAUGAACGAUAUCACACUGUGAGUUUCAACAUCGCUGACCUCGAGUGGACUAAGUUUACUAUGUCGCUUACCUCAUACACGCCGCUCUCGUUGCAGUGGUUCUGUAAGUAGCAUUCAAAUAAUUUGGUAUUGAUUAGAAGAAAACGUAAGGAUUUUUCUUCAUGUGCCAAAUAUUUGGCAUGUGUGGACGCGGAAAGAAAGUUGAGAAUAUUUUUAAUAUAUUGUGUCAUGUCAUAAAAGUAGUUGUUUGACUUUUUUGGUGACUUUUAAGUGGGAUGGCUGACAGUGAAUAAUCAUGUUUUAGUGCCAUUGACUGUGAUUGAAGUUCAUCCAUGGCUUCCUUGCCUUUGUUUUGUUUACGUCAUAUACAUUGCCUAUGAAAAGUCUACACACCCCAUUAGAAAAAAACUUUAAUUAAUUUAAUUAAAAAUAUACUAGGUUAUUGCAGUUUACAAGGCCACCCUUAACCAGAUCUUGGCAAUAUUCUGAAUAUGAAAGGGUUACUGACUGGCGUUUAAAUGUAAGCUGUUGUUAAAUGGGAGUCAGUACGCUUCUAAUUAACUCAAAUGUUAAAAUAAUGUUUUAGUAUUUGAUUAUCAACCGAAGGAAAACUUACAGAAAAGCAAAAUCUGGAAGACCUGAACUUACUUGGGGAUAUGUUGGGCACUUUAAAUGGCAGGUGCUUGCUGACUCCCGUUUUAAAUGAAUUUGAUUGUGUUUGGUUAAUGAUAAACCGCCUAAGUUAUAAGUGGGUGUGCACACAUUUGCAAUGUGUGUGUCCCCACACUAAAAUAUAAGUGUGUCUUCCAAAACUGAACAAUAGGUCAAGUUAAUGGCCAAGAUUUCUCGAUAUGACACACAUUUGAAAUUGAACAGGGGUGUGUAAACAUAUUAGUGGUGGGAUGAUGGUGAUACCUCAAGGAGUGUUUUGGCGCAUUACAUAAACACUUGACACUGUAGGCUAGUAGUUCGAAAAUUGUCACAGGUAAACAAGAUGAGGGGGAAAAAACGAUGGAAAAUCUCAUAAGAUGCAAACCCAGCAUUGGCCUGUGAAUUCUUAUUUAUUCAAUUGCUGGUGCUUUACUGAAAAUAUGAUCUCAUUGCACAAUUUCAUUUGCUCAAUUUGUCUGCUGAGUUGUUUAAAAGUUCAGAAUUUGCUUAAAAACUUUGUAAAUGCUAAAAUGAGUUUGGUUUUGAAAUAUAGCAAAAUGGUAAUAAAAUUCAGAGUCUGUUUUUUAACUUAAAAUCCCUAAGUGUUUAAUCAUACAAAAUAACAGACUAAAAAUGGAUUCAUUUGUACAUUUUUUCCUUUUUGGGAGAGGAACUAAAGUCUUUGUAAUGUCUUCCAUAAUGCAAUUUCUCCUUGAACAUUAGGAAAAUGCUGCAAGCUCCAAGACUGAUGAACAGAGUUCAUAACAUUUUUUGUGCACAUUGUGGCAUGUAACAUCAACAUAUGCCUCAAUAUCAAUGGACAUCCACAAUAGAUGUCAAACUCACAGCAACAACACUCUCUGGAAGCCCCUUUUUUUGUUUGUUCCUUUUUCCUCAUAUUUCUCACUCACCAUGUCCUCGAUGAGUGUUUGAUGUUUCAUGUUGACCACAGCCUCACCAACUGCUUGCUUGUUAGGAACUGCAAGCCGAACUGAAAUAUUUUGUUUUAAAGCUUUCAAAAGGACAAAUGUUAACAAACGGUAUUAAGACUCAAAUGCUUUUGUAAUGUAAUUUUGUGUUUUUUGUAAUCCAACAGACACAGCAACAGCAAACAGUUUAGUUACCAUCCAACAAAUCCGUAACAAGUCAAUAGUUUACUUAUUUAAAAAAAAAAAAAAAAAAAAAAAAAAUGUUAUUAAUGGCGCGCCACAGCAAAAUGACACACGUCCUUUAUGAACCACAUAAUUAUUUUUUUUUCUCAAAGCAAUACACACACACCAGGGGUUACUCUUCUGUUGUCCCAUCACUUCUUCAUUUACUUUUAAUAGGCUGUACAAGUGGCUUCUGAUGAAAUGAUAAUGGUAUGAUUUAUUUCAUGGCUGGAUUUGCAUUGCCGCCAUCGACAGGACCACCUGGUUCAAUUGUGAUGUAUUUUCUUAAAUUUUAUGCACUAUGAAUUUCACUAGUUUUAUUGCAUUCUCACAAAAUGUUUGCCUCUGGGAUAUAUGAAUAGUUCAUAGGCCAGACAACUGCAAAAACGGAAAUAAAUUGUCUUGUUACCUCUA